CUCUCCUUGCCACUCUCGCUCCUGCUGAUCCGAUCCGCUACCUUGCAUGGACAAGAGUGUCUGGGCCGAGGCGAGCGCUUCGUAGCAUCGCGGAGGAGAUGGGAGCGAUGGAGAUGAGUGAUGGCGUCCUUCAACAGCGAGUGUGACUUAUAUACCCAGGAAUGUGUGAGCGAGCGAGCGCGAACUAGCGGGAAUGGAUGAGUAGUGAGUGACCGAUUGCGAUGGUAAUGAGUCGAGAUGAUACCCGAUGCCUUUUUUCUUCUUCUCCUCUUUUCUUUCCACUUUUUCGUUUUGCAUUUGGUUUUUUCUCGUUUGGUCACUUUUUAGGCAGGAGGAUGGCGUUGGCGUCCAGGGUGAAUGGAUGGGGGCAACGAGAUAGAAGGGUAUACAUGGUUUUGACCCCCUCGGUUCGGGUAAUGGUGUUUUGGUUUGGACGGAUGGUGGUGAGGGAGGAUGCAGAUAUGGGUGAAGCUGGGAUGUACACCGUGAUCGGUGGUGGAGAUGAGGAAGUAAACCGGAGAGGAGUGGACUUUGCGAGACGAUGGAUGAGGUGUUAUAGGGUAUACACAAUGUAUGAUGGUAUUGUUCCCACCUGCACCUGAGUUCUGUUGUUGUUUCCCAGUCCGAGAAAAGUGGACCUGUUGAGUCGUGGUUGUGCGUUAUUGGUGCACGCUUGCAUGAGGGUGUCAGGUCCGGUCCUGCGUCGAAGUAAUCCGUCUGAGUGGAUAGGAAUCUUCCUGGUGUGGU